GUUAAAAAGAACUACUGCUGGAGAGAGUAGUUCGAGUUAUCCUUAAAAAAUAAUAAAUAAAUACGUUUUUUGAAAAAAAAAAAAAAAAAACAUGUUGUCGGGCUUGCAAGUGAUUUUAAUGUGUGGCUUAGUUGCCACGGUGCUUGGCAAUUCUUUGUCAAGCGACAGCAUGUGGGGCAACCGUGAACCGGGUGAUAAAAUGGUUUUCGAUCGUAAUGUUACAUUGCCAAAGAAAAUUGCCCGCUACCAGGAUGUAAAACUCAAUUAUGAUCCCUGGUUUAUUAAGCCCACCAUCACAGCAAUUGUUUUAAAGAAUUUCAAACCCAAGGAACAGCCUAUCGUGCAAAUUGUCAAAGGUGGCGUUGGCCAAAAAUCAGCCGAAAUACAUUUGAGUACUCAACGAUCGGAAGGCAUGCGUGUACGUCUGAUGAUAUUUGGCAAGAAAACUGAGUGAAAUGUGGCGAACAUGAUUUUUUAAUAAAUUAUCCAAUAUUCUACAAAUAUUUAUUUGUUCGUCAACAAACCAUAUUCAAAGAAUGAAGUGAAAAAUAAUAUAAAAAUUAUUAAAAAAAUA